CUCAAGCGCCAAAAGAACCAUUUUGUUCUUUAUUCACAUUUAUUAUUGUGGGGUAGUACCUAGCAAUCUAGCAUUUUGCAUUUUAGAUUACUCCGUAUUUGUUUAUUUUUAAUCCCAAACCCAAUCCAAGGGUCUAGCCGUCGGAAGUGACCCCAACCAAUGCCAGGGCCGGGCUGCACAGAGCAGCGCGACGAAACAAUUUCUACAGUGCAGCGCGGCGAAACAAUGGCGAAUGGACCUGAAGUUAACCUCCAACGGUUUCUCCAAUGGCUACAUUUGAAUAACGUCCAGCUACGCGGUUGCAGUAUCAAGUACAGCGAUUCGAACAAAGGGUUUGGGAUUUUUUACUCUAAAAAUAUCUGUGAUGGGAUACAGCUGGUGGUUCCACUUGAUUUAAGGAUACAGCUGGUGGUUCCACUUGAUUUAAGUAUAACUCCUAUGAGGGUGCUUCAAGAUCCUCUUUUUGGACCUCACUGUCGGGCAAUGUAUGAGGAAGAGGAAGUGGAUGACAGGUUCUUGAUUAUUUUGUUCCUGAUGGUGGAACGCCUAAGAAAGAACUCUUCUUGGAAACCGUAUUUUGAUAUUCUUCCUACCAAAUUCCAGAACCCACUUUGGUUUACAGAUGAUGAACUUUCUGAGCUGAAGGGGACUACAUUGUAUCGGGCAACUGAUUUGCAGAAGCAAAAACUGCACCAUCUUUUUUAUGAAAAGAUGAAGAAGCUGGCUGAGGAACUUUUGACUCUUGAUGGAUUCCCUGGGAGAAAAAUAACCUUUGAGGACUUCUUGUGGGCAAAUUCUGUAUUUUGGAGUCGAGCACAAAAUAUACCUCUUCCACAUUCCUAUGUAUUUCCAACAAGUUCAGAAGGACAAGGUAGAACAACUUCAUGAAACUCGGAGAUUCUUAGACAUCUACUAAUCAUAUUUGUAGCGACAAAUCGGAUAACAAAGAGUGGUAUCAAAGUGAUGUCCCAGUCCACUGCAUUUGCUAUUCAGGCCUUUUCUCCCUCAUAUGCAUGCUCUGACUUCAUGCUGUGGAAAACAGCAUUUAACUCUAGUAAGUUGAUGAAUUUAUUUCUGGAUAUACUAAGUACCACCUUACCCCAGAACUUGAGCCCGAUGAACUUUCAAGAAAUGGAACCGCUAUUGCAUCUAAAUCUAUAGAAGAUACAGUGUGGGUAGAAGGUCUUGUUCCAGGCAUUGAUUUUUGCAACCACGGUGUAAGGCCCAACGCGACAUGGGAAGUUGAUGGAACUGGAAUGACAAGUGGAGUUCCAUAUUCUAUGUACCUUUCUUCAGUUGAAGAAGGUCCUUUCAAAAGUGAUAACGAGAUAUUAAUUAGCUAUGGAAACAAAGGGAAUGAGGAGCUCCUGUACCUGUAUGGAUUUGUAACGGAAGAUAAUCCCGAUGACUAUCUCAUGGUUAAUUACCCUGUGGAGGCCAUUCAGGACAUACCUUACUCUGAGUCCAAAUCACACCUCCUACAAGCACAGGCAAUCAAUGUUUUCUUUCUGUUUCUGGCUAUGAUUCUUUUUUUUUAACAAAAUGAAAACAUCUAAUACGACAUUCAAACUUUGUACACCCCAUUCAUAAAAAAAAGAUCCGUUUAGAAACAUCCCAUCUACUAUUUUUGUCCUAGAAAAGAGUCCUAUAUGAACAAGAGAAAGUAAUUUUGAUAAUAUUUUUUAUCUAAAAAGUGUCUUAGUCAAUUCGAGAGUGUUACAUUUUGUUAAAUUACAAAAUAAAGGUUAAAGUGUAGU